UGCCCUUUUUGUAAGGCAGGAAAAAAUCAGUUGAACAAAUGCUGACUCGGAUAAACUUUUAUGUCUGUUACACAAAUAGAUGUCUACACUACGUAGUGGUCGUAAAAAGCAGCCAGCCAGCCCUGAUGGUAGAGCCUCACCCAUUAAUGAAGACAUCCGUUCCAGCGGCCGCAACUCUCCCAGUGCUGCCAGCACCUCCAGUAAUGACAGCAAAGCAGAUUCAGUGAAGAAGUCCACCAAGAAAAUAAAAGAAGAGGUUUCUUCUCCUCUGAAGAAUUCCAAGAGGCAGCGGGAGAAGGCAGCGUCGGACACAGAGGAGCCCGAAAGGUCCAGUGCCAAAAAAUCCAAAACUCAAGAGAUCAGCAGGCCGAACUCUCCCUCGGAGGGUGAGGGUGAAGGUGAGAGCUCUGACAGCCGCAGCGUCAAUGACGAAGGGAGCAGCGACCCCAAGGACAUCGACCAGGAUAACCGGAGCACGUCACCCAGCAUCCCCAGCCCUCAAGACAAUGAGAGCGACUCAGAUUCAUCCGCUCAGCAGCAAGUGCUGCAGGCGCAGCCCCAAGUGCUGCAGGCAUCCAGCAGCUCCGGCCAGGCUCCUCCUCCCAUGCCCCCUAUCCCAGCUCAGCUGCCAGCACCGCUGCCUGCGGCCACGAGUGCUUCUGCAGCUCCACCGCAGGUUUCACCACCAGCAUCCCAGGCCCCCAGCCAGCCCCAGGCCCCCGCGCCACCUCCUUCUCAUUCCCACAUCCAGCAAGCCCCCGCUUUGCACCCGCAGAGACUGCCAUCGCCUCACCCGCCCCUGCAGCCUCUGAAUGCAUCGCAGAGCCAGCCCGCCCCAGCCUCGUCGCAGCCCCACUCGCAGCCUCCGCUGCACGCUCAGCCCCAGCCUGCCCCGCACAGCCUGCAGGCGCAGCCCCUGCUGCCUCAUCCCGUACCCCCCCAGCCGUUCUCGCUCCCCACGCAGUCUCCUCAGUCUCAGGUUCCCCUUCAGACACAAGCGCCGUCUCACUCCCACUCUGCACUGCAGGUGUCUCAGCCCUCCCUGCCAGCCGCAGCCCCGCUGCAGCAGGCCCAGCCUCCGCGGGAGCAGCCGCUGCCCCCCCCCAUGGCCAUGCCUCACAUCAAGCCUCCCCCCACCACCCCCAUCCCGCAGCUUCCCACCCCUCCAUCCCACAAGCACCCUCCUCAUCUCUCCGGCCCUUCUCCGUUCUCGAUGAACUCCAACCUGCCUCCGCCACCAGCUCUAAAACCCCUGAGCUCCCUCUCCACUCACCACCCUCCAUCUGCGCACCCUCCUCCCCUGCAGCUGAUGCCUCAGAGCCAGCCGCUGCAGUCCUCGCAAGCCCAGCCUCCCGUCCUGACCCAGAGUCAGAGCCUUCCCCCAUCCGCCGCUCACCCCCCAUCCGGACUCCACCAGGUAUCCUCGCAGCCCCCCUUUUCUCAGCAUCCCUUUGUCCCCGGAGCCCCACCGUCCAUCACCUCUCCUUCGUGCCCCUCCACUUCCACGCCGCCUGCAGUGCCCGGCAUCCCGCUUCAGACCUCCAUCUCCACGUCAGCAGCUUCUAGUGGGAGCGUGCCGGUGGUGACGUCCUGCACGCUGCCACCUGUCCAGAUCAAAGAGGAGGUUCCCGAUGAGGCUGAGGAACCAGAAAGCCCUCCGCCUCCACCACGGAGUCCAUCGCCAGAACCAACUGUGGUGGAUACACCGAGUCAUGCCAGCCAGUCCGCCAGGUUUUAUAAGCACCUGGACCGUGGCUACAAUUCGUGCUCGAGAGCAGAUUUGUACUUCAUGCCUCUGGCAGGAUCCAAACUGGCCAAGAAGAGAGAAGAGGCCAUUGAAAAGGCCAAAAGGGAAGCGGAGCAGAAAGCCAGAGAAGAGAGGGAGAGAGAGAAGGAAAAAGAGAAGGAAAGAGAGAGAGAACGUGAGCGUGAGAGAGAAGCAGAAAGAGCUGCGAAAGUAUCCAGCUCCUCCCACGAAGGCCGCCUCGGAGAGUCGCAGCUCAGUGGGCCAGCACACAUGAGACCUUCCUUUGAACCCCCACCGACGACCAUCGCUGCCGUCCCUCCUUACAUUGGCCCAGACACACCUGCUCUACGAACGCUGAGCGAGUACGCCCGUCCUCACGUCAUGUCUCCAACAAACCGUAACCAUCCCUUCUUCGUCCCCCUGAACCCCACCGACCCCCUCCUGGCCUACCACAUGCCCGGCCUCUACAACGUGGAUCCCACCAUCCGGGAACGAGAGCUGCGGGAGAGGGAGAUCCGGGAGCGAGAAAUCCGGGAGAGGGAGCUGAGAGAGAGGAUGAAACCUGGCUUCGAGGUGAAGCCCCCGGAGCUCGAUGCGCUGCACCCGGCCACCAACCCCAUGGAGCAUUUUGCCAGGCACGGUGCACUGACUAUUCCCCCAACGGCAGGACCUCACCCGUUUGCUUCCUUCCACCCGGGUUUGAACCCGCUCGAAAGAGAGAGACUCGCACUGGCAGGCCCGCAGUUACGGCCUGAAAUGAGCUACCCUGACAGACUGGCAGCUGAGAGAAUACACGCGGAGCGGAUGGCAUCGCUGACAAACGACCCAUUGGCACGGCUCCAGAUGUUCAACGUCACGCCUCACCAUCACCAACAUUCGCACAUACAUUCGCAUUUACACCUACAUCAGCAGGAUCCCCUCCAUCAAGGUUCAGCAGGACCUGUUCACCCGCUGGUGGAUCCGUUAGCAGCUGGACCCCAUUUGGCACGUUUCCCCUACCCACCUGGGACCAUCCCCAACCCAUUGCUAGGACAGCCACCUCAUGAGCAUGAAAUGCUCCGACAUCCAGUCUUUGGUACCCCUUACCCUCGGGAUCUGCCUGGUGCCAUUCCACCUCCGAUGUCCGCAGCCCACCAGCUGCAGGCCAUGCAUGCACAGUCAGCAGAGCUGCAGAGACUGGCAAUGGAGCAGCAGUGGUUGCACGGGCAUCCUCACAUGCAUGGUGGUCAUCUACCAAGUCAGGAAGAUUAUUACAGUCGGCUGAAGAAAGAAGGCGACAAACAGUUGUAAUAAAUUAUUUAUUUGUAAUGCUGGCUAUGGAAACCCCAGUCCUUGGGAAGGAGUGGAACAUUUUUACAUACAAUAAGAGCUACAAAAGGAAAAGAAUAUCUUAUAAAGAUUUCUUUAUAUAUUUAAAACAGAAACAACCGCCCAACAAGUAGAGACUUAUCAGCAUAGCGUUCAUUUGUAGAGAAGAUUUCUCAAGACUGGUGUGGGUCUCCCUGCAUGACAACGUAUUCAGAAGCCUAUUGAAAAUACAGGACUGUGUGGAAUAUUCAGAGAACUUCCUGCAACCUUGGUUUUUUUCUUCCUAGUUUGUUUUGAGUAGGUGCUAGGAUUGGGUUCACAACACAAGUCACUGUGCGUGAAGAGACACUCAGUGCAUCCAUAGCUACUUCAAAAAAAAAAAAAACAAGGAUUGCAAGUAGGUGACAUAACAAGCUCUGAAUCCAAGUGCUAUAAUAAUAAAAAAAAAUUACUUUUAUUUUAAUACAUUGUAGGGAAUCUUCAUAAUUUUCAAGGGAGCUCAGUUCUGCAGCAUGGCUUUUUAAGUCUGUAAAUAACUUUUUUGGGUAGAGGGGAGAAACGAAACAAAACGAAACUCCAGAAACGUUUAUGUUGAUUUUCAGUAACAUCACACGUUGUGAAUUCCUACCUGGUAUUGACAGAAUACAGAGUUGAUUUUUUAAUAAAAAAAAAUAUAUAUAGUUAUCCCUUUAAUUAAAGGGAACAAUGGGUAUCAAUAAUUUCAAAUGGGUAAAAGCUUGAAAUUUGGCUUGUUAUCAACAAUAAGCAUUAAAGGGAGAUGCAGGGAUAAUGUUGCAAAUGACUGUUCUUGGUUUUUUGUUUCUUCUGUUAGUGUUACAUCUCUGUUUCUGCAGCUGAUUUCUGUUGAGUUGGGUUUCUCAGCAGUGCAGGUGUCCCUUGGAGCUCACUUACCCUACUUCAGGGGUUCGUCUUCAGCAUGGCCAUCGUACACCUCUUUCCCUUUACCCUUUGGAACUUAAAUCUAACUGCGUUGGUUUUAGGCUAUCCCUCAUAGGAUAACUAAGAGUUCAAAGAAAUAACACGUUCUAAAAUCUCUAUUUUAAAAUGCUCCAUGGCUCAAAGUAGUACAGCCAGAACUUCAUACCGUGCAUAUUUUUGGAGGUUUGCUCUCCCUGGCCUCUUGUGUUUGAUGCAUUCUUAAGAAAGGAGGAGUGGACAACUCAGUGUUUUUAAGCUGUUUUGCAAAGAGCAGUCUGCAUUUCGUUUGAAUUCUGUUUUUAUAAGCAAAAACUUUUUAACUGCCACAAACGUUCUGUAUCUCAGGAACUUACUGCUUUGGGCUUCAGAUAAUAAUACAUGGACAGUAAUAUUUACUGCCUCCAACACAACAGGUCCGUGCAGAACUCCUGUUGGCUGGUUCCCAUGUGGGUGGGAAGAGGAGAGGGGCACGCAGGAGGCCAGGGAGCAUUAUUUUAGAGACAGCUCUGCUUGCUGCCUAGGCAGAGAGGUUUUAUGUGUUCUUACUGUUCCAUAUGUUUGGUUGGUUUGGUUUUUCGGUUGUUCUCUUUAUUUUUUUUUGCCAGGGCAGAGGGUGGUGCAGCCAAUGGACAUCUGAAUCUGCUGGCCAUCUGCUUCCCAUUUCCUCUCUCAACUCACGAGCACUCUCUCUCUGCUGUUGUAGACUGUUAUAAAUGUGAUGGUUGUGUCAUAGGACUGUACUGAGCCACGUGUGCUGAAGUUGUGGUUAAUGACACGUUGUGAUGGAAGGCAUGCACAGUGCUUUAUCCACCGCUCAGACCAACGUCAGCAUCAGUGCCCAAAGGUGUUCUGUAACACCAGUGACAAAUUCAAACCUUGCAUCAGGGUUUUCUGGGCCCACGUACAGCAAGAAUAGAAGGGAGGGAGAGGAGGGUGAUUUCAGUUGCCGACCUCUUGUGUCCUCUGUUGCAGAUUUCGCAAUGCUAAGGAACUGCAGUAGCAUGUAAUCAGUUCCAUGCCCUGUGCACGAGCUCUGAAGGUGUUAGCAGGAGCAGCCAGUGUUGGCAUGUGGAGGCUGUGAGGUCAGUGUGGCACCCAGCAUGGUGGGCUUCCUUUGGGCACUGCUGUGCUGGCAUCCGAAAGGGAAUUACUCCUUUCUUCUGAGCAGCGUUUUUACCUUUUGCUUUUAGCUUUUUUUAGAUGAACACCAAUAUUUUGUUGGUUUUUUUGUUCACGUCAUUCAGCAAAAAAGCACUGAAACUUCCAUUUUAGACCUGUGAUUAACUACAGCUUUACUCUGCAGUGGCGUUUGAAGCCAUCCUGGUGUUGGAUGCCCUGUUCAAACAACCCAGACCUGGUUUUCUUUCAGAAAUCUCUCUUUUGUUUUUCCUCAGUUUUGAAAGUUUUAAGUUUUCAAUUUUGCUUUCGUGUUUUUGAGAAGUCUCUCUUGUUCUGUGUCGUCAUGGUUGAGCUUGUUUCACUGCACCGUUACAGCAGAGUGUACAUUCUGACUGCUACAUUUAUAUAUAUCUUGAAGCUUAAUGUAUAUAUGAGUAGUUUGCCAUGGGAUAACACAGUGUAAACAGAGUAGAAACCCAGAAAUCGUGACUUCUGUGUUCUCUCCAUUUGAGUAUUUUGUAAUUUUUUUGAAAUAUUUGUGGACAUAAAUAAAACCAAGCUACACUACAGCA